GAGAUGAUGAGUUCUAGUUCUGCCCUAGCCAUGAAAGCCAGCUGGUAGCGGAAAUUUUGAGUAGUUUGGAGAACCGGCAAAUACCACCUCUGGCUGGCCCCAGAAUGGGCUUGCCAAGUAAAGGAACAGAUUUCUGGCAAAAUGUUCUACAUGCAUCUGCUUAUAAAUAAGCGUGGGCCUUUGUCCAAGAUAUGGCUGGCUGCUCACUGGGAUAAGAAAGUCACAAAGGCUCAUAUAUUUGAAUGCAAUUUAGAAGCUACCAUUGAAAAAAUGCUCUCCCCUAAGUUUAAAAUUGCUCUUCGUACCUUGGGACACCUUUUGCUAGGAGUGGUGAGGAUUUAUCACAGAAAAACCAAGUAUCUUUUGACAGACUGCAGUGAAGCCUUACUUAAAAUGCAAUCAACUUUUCAACCAGGGCUUGUUGACCUUCCAAAAGGAAAUUCUGAGGCUAAUUAUGAUGCCAUCACACUGCCUGAAGAGUUUUAUGAUUUUGACACCCAACUUCCAGACACGAAUGCCAUUGAGGUCGCCCAACAUUUUACACUGCACCAGAGCAAAAUUGAGGACAUCACAUUGACAGAAUUUUAUGGGCUGAAUGUUCUCAGUGGGGGCAAUUUUGAUGAAGAAAUUGAAAUUCCAAGGCAUGCUAGCUUUUUCAGUGACAGUUUAAUAAACAGCUCCGUCAGUCUCCUGGCUGAUCACAGUUCUUCGAAUUUAACUGGAGACAAAAUUGCAUUAGAGUAUGAUGGAUUUGGAGAUGAAGGAGCUGGAAGAGAUAUGAUUGAUGAUGUUCUUGGAACUGACCAGAAUGGCCUCCUUGCAAUAUUUGACAUGGAAGAGGAACUUCCUUUACCCUCCAAAGAUCCAGCUGAUAACAGAAAAGAACCUACUUUGGAUCCAAACCAGGAUGUAUCUAACCAUGAAACAAGACAUCACCAACUUAAUGAAACAACGUUAUUGCGCAGUGAGGAAGACGGCUUUGUUCUUCCUCCUAUUGUUGAUCCAGCUCUCCUAAAGAAACAAAGAAGUAAAAAGAAAAGGAAGUUACUUGUUGACACGGUGAAGCAGCUCAGCAAAGCUACCAUGCAAAAGCAGCUUACAAGUUACGAGGAUACACUAACUAGCUUGCAUAUCGCACCUCCAACCAGGAAGCUGAUGGUUUUAGAAGAGUUGGGCAGCGUAGACAAACUUCUGACCAGACCCACCCAGCCUUUCUUAAGUGAAGAUCUGCAGAAGGAAUCAGUUAACGAAGUGUCUGCUUUGUCCGAUGACCUUUUACCAUCUUCAGUACAACAAGAAUCCGAAAACGAGAAAGCUGUCUUGGGAAAUGGAUCCCAGACAAGUAAUUUGGACAAUGAAGAACAAAGAAGAAGUAAAAGAACAUUAAAGCUAUUAAAUACUUUCCGGCACUUUGAACAACAAGGAGCAAAAUCGUUCAGCUUUCUCUCCCUUUGCAAGGACCAAAACAAGAAAGAAGUGGCAGAGAACUUCUACAGCUUGCUGGUUCUCCAGAAACAACAAACGAUUGAGCUGGCCCAGUCAGCUCCUUACGCUGACAUUAUAGUGACCGCGGGACCCAGGUUUCAUACUCUCUGAAGGCCAGAGAAGGCCCCUCGAAACACAGAUUGGAAACCAAGUGCUCCCUUUAAGCAAAAUUCACCUCCCUUCUCUGAGUCAAGUAGAAACAACUAGCAAUGAUUAAGCUGUAAGUAGCAGCCAAGCCGCAAGCUGAAAUUUAAGAAAAAGAUGGUUUUUAACUAGUAUUAAAAGUUACACGGUCUACUUGUUUCUUCACGUUAAUUUUGCUUAUUUUUGGUUCUUUGUGCUUAUUUACCAAGCUGCCUUCUUUCAGGCAUUCCCUGGAAGGGCUAGUUACGGAGCAAGGAUGCUGUCUCCAAAGUUCCACUUUUUCAAGCCAAAAAUAAUAUAGGUGGGACGCCAGUUCUUCCCUUCUCUUCCUCUUGGACCUUAUCUGAAUCUCCUGGCUGGCUCUUUUCUUCUUAUCUAACAAGGAUGAAAUGAUAAAAUAAAAUAAUUUGCCCAGCAGAAAGCAUCAGAGGGAGUAACAAUAUGACGAACUAAUGUGGAAAGGUUUUUAAGCUGUGUCUAAUUACGAUAUUUAUCCAUGCUGGUUUAAACUGUGGAUUUUACUGUAUGUUAUUUUGUUC